GCAGGACGAGCUCACUUUCAUGGCUCUCUGACAGCUUGGCCGGUCGACGCGAUUCCGUACGUCGGUGCAUCUCGGCAAUUACAGUGCGCGGUGACUUUUCGUCGAAACCGAAGGAUCCGAGUAAUCAUUCCCGAGUGACCUCCGCGCGAGUCCUCAGGGGUACAGGGUGCCAAGGUUUUCGAACUUCGGCCGCGGUUCUCGACAGGAUAGUGCGUCGAAGGACAACGGUGGGGAGUCUGUAAUCGAUCGAGAAGUGGUUUUUGUGUCGGAUCGAAGGACCCGAGGAGAUCCGAGAGUUAGCAGAAAACGGUUGCGCAGAGUUGACGGUCGCUCAGGUGAGAAGAAAGAAGUUGGUGCACCUGCCGCAGUGGUUCUCGCGGCGCCACUCACGUGUUGCAUGCGUGCCUCGCUAACCAUGAUGGUCGCGGGCUCCGGUCGGCUCUGAUUGGUCCGGCCCGGGGUCACGUGGUAUGGUAAUUGAGCCCCGGUGGGCGGGAAGGAGCCGAACGAGGCCGCGGAGGUUCGCGUAGGAUCGCGAAAGUGGAAGGCGGAAGGAGAGGAGAGGAUAAGCAGCUGUCCGCCGGGAGUCCGCUGCUGGUCUCUCCGUGGUCUCUCUCUCUCUCUUUUCUCUUCUCUCUUCUCUCUUCUCUUCUCUUCUCCUCUCUCCUCUUCUCUUCCCUUCUCGUCUCCUUUUUCCCGUGGCGUGCACCCUUUCCCCCGUCGGGAGGAAAAAGUCACCCCGUGCCGGGCACGCGGAGAACCAAAGGGGAGAGAGGGAUGUCGGCCAGGGGCCAGCCAGGGUGCAGUGCGGUGUGCGCGCUUCCGAUACGAUGAACAUCGUCAGCAUGGACUGACUCGAGACCGAUCCAAAGAGGACAACAGUGUCUGUCGCUUAGUUUCGCCCGGAAAAAAAAGAGGUCAGUGAUCGCCCGCGAGAUGAGUUCGUUCCUGAUGAAUCCGUCCGCCGGCGGCGGGUACCAUCAUCACCAGCACCAGCAGGCCGCGGGGGCGCACCACCUGGCUGCUACCUCGGUGAUGGUGGACCCGAAGUUCCCACCCAGCGAGGAGUAUAGUCAGAGCAACUAUAUCCCGUCGACCGGCGCCGAUUUCUUCCCGACUAGCGGGGGCGGCCACCACCUGAACCAUCCUCAGUCCCAUCAGCUGCAAUACGGCUACCAUCAGCACCACCAUCAGGCAGCCUCGACCCCGUACGGCGCCUCUUCGGCGGUUCAGCUGAAUGGCGGUUACGCCGGCUACGGCGGCUACUACGGUCCCCAUCAUCCCCAUCACCAAGUGCACGCCGUGCACCAUGCCAGCCUGCAUCCGCAUCACCACGCGGUCGGCGCCCUGGCGAUGCCUCCCGAGGCCCAGCAACCUCCUCUCACCUGUCCAUCCGCGAUGCAGUCGCAACAACAGCCCCAACAGCAACCACCUGUGUCCGCGUCCACCGUCCUCGGGUCCACGCCGCUCUCGCCCGGUAUCAUGCAGAAUCAUGUGCAGGCCCCGCCGCCGCCGGACAGUCUUCAGCAUCAUCAGCCGGCCAGUCAGCACGACAGCAACGCGUGCAGCCCGGCCAGCUCCAGCCAGCUGCACCGCGACAACUCGCCCGAAUUGCAACAGCAACCGACGGCCGGGCAACAGGCCCAGCACAUACAGAACGCGCAACAGCAACAACAGUCGCAGAACCAGCAACAGUCGCAACAGCUUCACGUGGACGACGGCUCCGAUCAGGAUGACAUGGAGGACGAUCAGAUGAUGGACGGGUCGCCCGGCAUGAUGGAGGACGAGGACGACGACGAGGACAACGGGGACCGAGUGAUUUAUCCGUGGAUGAAGAAGAUCCACGUCGCCGGCGUCGCGAACGGCUCCUACCAGCCAGGCAUGGAACCGAAGCGCCAGCGCACGGCGUACACAAGGCACCAGAUCCUGGAGCUGGAGAAAGAAUUCCAUUACAAUAGGUACCUGACGAGACGGCGACGGAUCGAGAUCGCCCAUACUCUGGUGUUGUCCGAGCGGCAGAUAAAGAUCUGGUUCCAAAACCGUCGCAUGAAGUGGAAGAAGGACAACAAGCUGCCGAACACGAAGAACGUGCGGAGGAAGAACGCGAACGGGCAGUCGUCGUCGUCCUCCGCCUCGGCCUCGAAGUCCUCGAAGACGUCCGGCUCGAGGACCAAGCUGCCGACCGGAAACAACAACAGCCAGAGGAAGAACAACAACAAUUCCCCGUCGAGCGGCAUCGACAGCAGUCUGGACUCGAACGUCGGAUUGGACAUGGGCGACGUUCACGCGGUGAACGCUGCUCUUCCGCAUACGAACGUGGUGCACCCGAGCUUCCAAGGUCACCCGCAUCCCCUGGCCCAUCUACAGGCGCAGCUGAGUCAUCACCAUGUGAGCGGGAUGAUGGAGGGCCCGGCGGGGGGACCGUUGGGCCACAUAGGCUCCGGAAGCAUCAGCCCUCUCGCGCCGGCCACCAGUCCAUCCGGACUAUCACAGGUCACAGCUCCCAUCCCGCCGCCGGCGAUCAAGUCCGAUUAUGGCCUCACGGCGCUGUAACAUCCGUCCGUGGGACUGCACUGCGAUAGAACCCAGAGUUUCCACCCUAUGAUCCUCAGCGUCACCUCCUAGGGACCUUGCAACAUCGCAGAUCGAGGACGGGCAACAAUUUCGCGAACCAAAGUCUCGUGGAACUGUGCCGAAGAAGAUCGUUCGUGGGUCCUCUUCGAAUAGGAGUCAUUGGACCUGCGUUUCGGUCUUGAAGCAGCUAGGUUUAGCUACUGAAAGAUCACGAAGCUGUUGGUAUUGGUUCGAAGCUUCCGAGGAAUCGGUACGUAAACUUGGAGCUGGACCAGAGGUGGACUGGAUACUUGGGGAUGGCGGACACAGUUUCUUCCGGCUGACACUCGAGGCUUAAUUAGAUCGAGGCUUGAUUAGAUCGAGGCAAAUUACGGCAAUUACUCGUAUCGGCUUGCUGGUUUCGACGAGCUUUAAACAUCAUGUUGCAAAAGCCCGAUUGGAACUUGGCCUUUCCUCCAGCAAUUGAAGCAAAUUGGAAACGAUCAGAAAGAACGACCUUGCAAGCUCGUCGAAAUCGCCCGAACGAUCGUGCCGCACCUACUUGCUCCAGUUGUCUCCGAGUCGCUGACCGUCGCUGCGACUACUGGGACCGACCCCAGAAGACCUCUCGGUGCUCGAAGACUGACAACGUGCGGCAAACUUGAAGACUGUCGAGUGUUUUCAAGUGGACUUUGAGACUCGGUGCGAAGGAAGUGCGGGGAAUGAUUGAGACGGUGUAAAUGACUCGGGCAGUGAUCACCUUCGGGUCUGAGACUGAAUUUGUGAGAGGCUUCCGAUCUGGUAUGUCCGAAUUGAUUUUUCUAUUCCCGUUUCACUCGGUCGGCGAAUUUUAGAUCGAUAGCAGACUUCAGAUUCGUGAUGGUUUUAAAGAAAAUGUUGGACUGCAGAAUGGUCGUUUCCGAUCGUAGAUAGGUUAGCUCGAUGCUUCAGCAGGCCUCAGAUUUUUCUGAACUUAGGGAAAAUGUUGGCGACAGUGUUCAGUUCAUCAAAAGUCGGAUUUGAUUGAAUUUGUAGCUUUCAAUAAAUGUUUUCUGCUGUUACGAUCCCGAUGAGAUAAUAAUUCUUUUCGUUCAAUAAUUCGAAUCUUAGACUUUUGUGGAUUUAUCAGAAACGCUGAAUCAAGUCUACAGAUUAUUAUGAAUCCCUAACGGACUUAAAAUUAUCGAGGAUUUAUUGAGAAUACUGAACGAAGUCCAACACGGUGGUUACAUUUAAUUUGCACAGAUUAAUUCAAAGCUGUAACAGCCUUCGCAUUUUAACGAAUUCGUAGAAACUGCCGAAUCGAAUCCAGGAAACUGAACAACUCGAACUCUACAAAGAAACGAUGUUCACGUAAUGACAGGAGUUCUAGUUGCAGUUUCUUGUCGGAUACGAAUGAAAAGCAUUAGCACGGAACCGUGAAGUCAGCUGAUAGAAAAUGAUUAGAAACUGUACUACGGAAACUACGCGGACGAUUCUGAUUCUAUCGAAAGCUGUGAUCCGCCGAGUACCAAUUCCCGCAGACAACGCGACAACUUUAGAACGGAAAAGAGAGAACGAACGCAUCGUUCCACAAUACUGUAAAUACACCGGGACACUUGAUUGUGUAUAUAGUCGUGUAAAGAAAGUCUUAUCGCUAUUGUGAUUAAACCGUGCUUCGUAUGCUAUUGCCUAAGUGUGCGACGUGUCGAGUGUUGGAAGACUUAUCGAUUGUGCUUUAUUUAACGGAUACUGGUGACUCUGCCGAAGGUUUCGAGGGUCUGCAGCGACGAGAGAACGUGUGGCGUGGGACGUUUGACAGGAAUCAAGAUCGCGAACGUUUGGCAUUAGCUUAGAAUUAGAAACCGUAGACGUUUCUUUACGCGGGCGUAUGUUCUGUUCUCGCGUUCGGUGUCGAUCGUUCGGUCGAAUCGAAGCUGACCGCGAGUCGAUCGAAGCCGACCGCGAGUCGAUCGAAGCCGACCGCGCAAAGUAGAGCUUCCUGUCAUGGUCGGCCGCGCCGCGGAUCUCUUACGGUUCACGGAGAUUACCGCGAAUCGGUCACGUCACGAGCACCCUGUAAAUAUCGCCUGCCCCCCAAAAAUCCACGAGAUGACGUCUAUUUUUGUCGAGAACGUACGCGGAGAACGACCAAGUUAGUGUAUAGCGGUUAGGCUAGCGACCUGACUCGGACCGGAAGUAUGUACUAUGGAGCGACGAGUAGCAAUCAAACGACGAAAUGCACAGAGCCGCUGUGACGAUAUACCAAAACGAUGUUUAUCAGAUUAUAUUAUAGGGAAACGUAGAGAUACUAAGAAUUAUGCGACACGUUCAUUCUAAAGAAUGCGAGGGAAUUUGUGUGAUUGUGUUGCUGAGAAAUAGAGAACGAAAGAGAGAGUGAGAAAAAGAUAAUAGUGUAAUUAGCGAGUUCUAACAGCGCACGAGUUUACAAGAACAUUCUAUUAAGUGUGACAUUAUAUUCCUUGAUAUCCUAUCGAUAAUGUAUAUAGCCUGUACGAUAAGAACCGUAUUUGGGCACACUCCGAUGCUUAUGUUUAUAUUGAUCGUGAUGAUCGAUCAAAUACAAUCGUGAAGUAAAUAAAUCAAUAAAUAAAUGUUUCAUAAUUUAC